UCUCCACAGCAGAGAAGCACGUAACUCAAAAGUCGUGCGACCCACGUGAAAUCAUGUACAGGGUCCCUCUCCUUCCCAUUUUUCAGCCUUCCAAAAAAGCUUCUUUCUAACUCCAACAACAACAAUCAUCAUCAUCACCAUUGCAAUUUUUUCUUUCUUCCAACGACGUCGUAUACGAUCAUCCUUAUCAUCAACAUUUCCUCUUUUAAUAACCUCUUUUCAUAAUCAUCAUCGACGAUCGAUUCAUCAAAACACACCAUUAGUUUCACACCACCACAAAACGACGUCGUCGCUGAUCAAAUCGCUUUUGAAAUUUCGAGUCGGUGAUUCUCGUUACGGUAACAUUUGCAACGAAAACAAAGACGUUAUAACGACGUCGUUUUCGUCGCAAUGCCGUUCACACGAUGUAACAGCCAGAUUCCGGUGCCACUUCCGUCGCCGAUUCCUACCGCAAGAGGAUCGCGCUCCGCCGCUAACGAGAUCUUCAGCCAGUUUCUUGAAAAGCAGCUUCAGUUACCGGAACUUAUACUGCCGGAAUGUCAAAUCCAGACUGCACCGGCGGAAAUUGACCUCCGGUUUCUUCCAUAUGCAUCCGCUGGUCUGCUUCUGCGCUCCGCUAAAGAGUUCGGCGCGUUCCGAAUACGGUGCCAUGGAAUCUCCAACUACGAACUCGAAGCUAUAACCGAAGAAGUUGAGUGUGUUUUCAAAGAAUCUAAAAAGGUUUACGUUGAGCGUAACGGACGGUGCGGUGGGAUGAUUCCGUGUGUUCGAUCCAGCAAUGGAGCACUGGAAUUCACCGCUCACAACCAAACGCAUCGGAAAUUUUGGGUUCAUAUGGGAAAAGUAGCAAGUUGUUUGGAUAGUAUAGUGGAGCAAGUCAUAGUAGCUCUACAACAGAACACAUCUCAAGAUUUUAAGGAGAGGAUUCAAGAGACAGAGUCUGUGAUUUGCCUUUGUAGGUAUCCCCACAACAAUACCCCCAAACGAAAUGAACGCGUCUCGGAUAACACAAAGGGCGUAUUAUGUGAACAUGCUUUGCGCUUCUACCUUCCAUUGGAGCAUUGCAUAUUUUACGUUCAAACUGAAAGAGGUCCUCUGUCAUUUGAUGCAGGUCCAGAGCACAUAGUUGUCACCGUUGGCAAGCAAUUACAGGAGUGGAGUCACGGUGUAUUUAAAUGUGUUCCUGGGGAAAUGAUCUUCAUGCCGAGUUUACAGAGUAGCAAUGCAUCUUUCUCCAUAGAGCUUACAUGCUUGGUCUCUUCAAAUCUAAAUCAAAUAACAAACAAUUUUGACAAGAUAAUAUCCUUAAACGAUCAAAUCCUUAUUGUAUUUUGUCUUGUAUUUUUAUACAAAUUUAUAUACUACAUCUUCUCCUGAUCCUCAGAACAUGGUUGCACCAUUUUCUUUUCCUUGGAUGCCUUUUGUGUGCAGUGUGGUCAUGAUGUUGCGCUACCUAGUUACGUAUUUUUCUCCCUACUUUAUUUACAAAGGCCAUUUUUAUGUACAGUUUGAUUGAGUGUAAAGGUUGUGGGUUUUAGUUUAAAACAUACCAGUUAUGAGAUAUUGACAUGAUUUUCUAUGGUGAAAUUAGCAAAAUUGAUGUAUAAUGCCAUACAAUAUUGAACUUCACAAAACCCAGAAAGCAGAGAUUUGUAUAUUGGCAAUUUAAA